AUGUAUUUAUUUACAACAAUAUUGAUUUUUUGCACUUGCAGCAAAUAACAUUACAAAAAAUAAUAAGAUUUUUAUAUUUACCCAACCCAAGGAGAAUAUAUCGAUAUAUAAUUAGCUGUUUAUGAUAAAGAAUAGAUUUGGAAUGAAAAUUAUAUAAAGAGAUUCCCAACAUUUAUUGAAUAAGAAAUUUUUUUGCUUCAUUAAAGUAAUAUGAAAUAUUUUUAUCAUCCACAAGUUCCAUUUAUUACAAUAAAUAAUGCUGUUGAAAAAAUAAGUAGCUUAUAAGGAAUAAGUAAUAAAAUUAAUAAAUUAGAUUUUAAAUCUUUAUCCUCAAAUGAAAGCCAUUUUCUCACAAUCUCAACAGAUGAUUAGAUACAAUUGUAUGAAUGGAAAAAUUAGCUUAUGUCAUUAAUUGAACCUUCUAUUAAUAUUGAAGAUUUAGGUUUAUGUUAUACUGCCACAUUUUCCUUUGAACCUAAUUAUUAUAUAGUUGAUUGCUAUGAAAAUAAUUAACUUAACAUUCUUUAAUUUGGAGAUUAAAUGAACUUAAUUUAUUAAAAUCCAACAGUAUUUUUAAUGUUACCUAUUAAAACAAAUUUUAAAUUAUAUUAAAUAGGAGAUUAGAAUUAUAUAAUCUAUGUAUAAUAUUUUUAAAAUUAUUCUAUUCUAACUUUAUUUUCAAAAGAAUUUCAAAAUUUGACAUAUUGGAUUGAUUAAUUUAUAGAUUUUGAUGUUGCAAAUUAAGGAAGUAAAUUAAUCUAUGUACUCACAACUCAAUCACUAAUUUAAUUAUAAAUAUCUUAAGAUAUUUAGUUUGUAGAUCUGACAACGUAUUUAGAUAAUAAUAUGUAUGAUUAAUAUUAAUCCUUUUCAAUUUAUUACAAUUACUAAUAUCAGGCUUCAUGUGAUCAAAUCAUAAUAAAGUAAGAAAAUUAUAUUUCACAAUUCUAAGGAUAUGUAGGUGAAAUCGUUUUGGUAAUUUCAACAUCUUACACUUUUACACCGAAUCCUUUCAAUUACUUUAUAUUUAACUAAUAUUUUAUGCUAUAUUAGGUUGAUAAAUCAAUUAUAAUUUAAGGUAUAUAAUAAAAUCUAUAUUCAACUUUGAAUUUACCAUCUAAUACAACUUUACUCUAUUAUAACAUCUUUACUAAUGAACUAUUUUCAUUUGAUUCUAUUAUUUAAGUCUAUUAGAUAUCAAAUCCAAAGUUGAUGAUUAAUUUAACAAAUGUAGUUAAAUUAAAUUAAAAAAUUACGAUAUUCAGCCAAUAAUAAUAGAAUAAAUCAAGAUUCCAAAUAGAAUUUUCCUUGACGAUUAAUUUAUUGGAUAAAAAUGAUACUAAUAUUUAUAAAACCUUAUCUAAUGAAUAUUUUUUAAAGUUUUAGAAAAAGCAUCUCUUUUAUAAUUUAUCAUAAUCAUAAUAAUAUAUCUUUUAAAUAACUGGAUUUUAGGGAGAAUUGCUUAAUUAUACUGUUAAUUAAAAUGAUCCAACUUUAGGUAUAUUUUAGAAUAUUACUUUUAUGAAAAUUUGUGAAUUUAAUACUAAGAAUUUUGAUUUAUUAUAGAUAGUAAACAAGAAUAUAUCUUUUUAUUAUAUAAUAGGUUAUAAAGAUUAAACCCUAGAAUUCUAUUUAUGUUAGCAAUAAAAUUUAUUACCCAAUACAGAAUGCUAGAAUUUAAGUUCAUUCUAAACAUCACCAAAUGUUAUAUCAUUGUAAUAUGGUUUAAGUGCAUAAUAUACUUUAGUUGCAGGAUUAAGUUAUCAAAAUUCAAUUUCUUUAUUUCAAUUAAAUUUAAAUCAAAAUAUAUCACAAUAUGAUUUAUAAAUAAAAUAAGAUUUUUCUGAUUUUAUUUUGAUAUACAAUAGUGUAAUAGUAUUAAUAAAAAAUAAAGAAAUUCAAAUAAAUUCCUUUGAUUAGAGUAUCUAAAAAACCAUAAACUAAAACACUAUAAGUAAUUUAUUUUAGAACUAUUCUAAUCUAACAUUCAAUCCAAUUUAAAUUGCUACUUAUUCAUAGUUAAUAUCUUCUGUUAUUUUUAUAAACAACUUUUAUAAUGUUUUAAUUAUUGAAGUAAAUUUAUAAUUUUCAAUAAUACCCCUUAGUUAUAUUAACAUUUAAAAUCAAAUAUUUGGGAUAAAUAUUGUAAACUAUUAAAUUAUCAUCUCAUAUAUUUGCAAUUAUUAGAAUUCGAUUUGUUUUUAAGUUUGGAAUAUCCAAAAUUUCAUAAAACCUUUUUAUGUCAAAUCACUCUAAAGAGUUCCUUAUGAUAAUAGUAUUUAGCUCCAAUCAGAUAAUUUAUUUUUUUAUGUUUCUUCUUUAAGUUUUGGUACUUUGAUUUAUACCCCUAAUUUAUUUGAAAAAAUGUCACUUUAUAAAAACUUAUAAUUUAGCUCUUUUUUAUCAAGCAUGAGUAAUUUAUAGAGGUCUCUUAUAUUUAAGGGAAAUAAAUUAUAUUAACUUUUAUUUUUUGAAACAUACUCCUUUUCUUUCAACAAAUCUUUAAAUUCCUCUUAUUUUAAUAAUACUUUCCCAAGACUUAUUUUUAAUUUUUCAGUUACAACACCAUUAAAUGUUUCUGCUUAAUAAUUUACACCUAAUGAAAGCUUUAUAUACUAUUCAAACUUUACAUAAAUUUAAAAUUUUAGUAAUAUAACAUUGAAUUAAUCUGUAUGCAAUAAUUAUAUAAAUAAAACAAGUAAAUAGCUAUCAAUACCAUUAAAUUUAUUAGUUAAUUAAUAAAUACUCAACUGUUCAACACCAAAUGAUUCCAAAAUUUUAAAUAAAUGCAAAUUAACUGACACCAACUGGAUUACAUUUUUAGAUAAUUAUACUUUUUUUAACUUAAUAAAUGUUGUAAAUGAUCAAUAUUAUGCUAUAUAAAACUAUUAAUCAAUUGUGAUUUAUAAUAUCAAUCUAGACUACAUAUGGACAUUGAACUAUUCUAAUUAAAGUUUUACUAAUUGUAUUAUUUCAACAUCUUAAUAUAAUUCUUUAUAUUCUAUUUGCCAAAAAGAUGCCUAAAAAUAAUACUUGGUUAACUUUAUUUUUAAUGACUUAGGUCAUAUUUUAUAAAUGAUUGUCUAACCUUUAGAAAUGUACUUUUAAUCUAUUUAAAAGUAUACUAGAAUUUUUAAUUAUAAUUUUAUUUUGGCAAAUUAGAAUGAUCAAGAUUAUUAAAAUUGUUAAAGUAUGUAUUUUUUUUUAGAUGAUUUCACAUUAUUAGUUGGGCCUUAAUCUUUUGGAAAAUGUGUAAUAGAUUAUGAUACAUUGUUUUUAGGAAAUACUUCUUUUCAGGAUUAAUUAGUAAGUAAAAUAGCAAUUAUUUUAAUAACUAAUUACCCUCCUGAUUAUUACACAACUCUAAAUUAUAUGAUUUUGAUGAUAAAUUAAACUAAAAUAAUAUUUGGGGAUUAACAUCUUUAUGAUGUAGAAAUUAGGCCUGUUUAAUCAAAAAUUUAAUUAAACUUUACCCAAAUAUAAGUCUUACAAUAAUUUUUCCUUUAAAGUCUUAUCUAAUGCAUUUCUAACAACAUGAGUGUGAUAUUUUAUUUAACCUAUAAUUAUCCUAAUUAGAUUUAAGAGGGGGAAGGGAGUCAAUUUACAAUCAAUAACAUAAAUGCAAUUAUUCCAUAAUAUGGUUAUCUUUAAUUAUCUACAAAAACUGCUUAUUCAAAUGGAAUAUUGAUGUAAAUCUAUUCUUAAUCAAACCUCCUUUUUACAGCUUCAUUCUACAACAUAUCUUAAAUUAAUUAUGUAGAUGACAUCACUCCAAUUUUAAUGUUUUAAGGAUAGAGUAACUUAAAUUCGAUUUAGCAAGUCAUGAUGAUUAAAAAAUUAGAACAAUAAAAUGAACAGUUAGGUACAUUUUUAUCUUUUUAUUACAAUAAAAUAAUACUGUAUCCUAUUAAUAAAUAAUAUUUAAAUUGUGAUAUUAAAAAACAUGGAUAAACUAUUUAAACUAAUAUAUCGUGUAAAAAUUAAUAUUACACUGGAACUUUUUAAAUUACAUUAGAAGUUCCCAGUUUAUAAUAUAAAAAAUAGCAUUGGAUGAUAGCAUUAUUAUUGAUUAUUCUAGUUCUUUUAAUUUUAUUUUAUUUCUUAGUAAGAUACAGAUUGAGAAAUAUGAAGAAUUUGUAUACAGAAAUUGAAUUAUGA